AUGACGUCAACUGAAGAGGAUGAUCUGGGCAUUAAACCUGUACGUUUACAACAUAAUCUAUAGACAGUAAUGCACUUUUUGACAUCCGCACAGAGUAGGUUGACGUUGUUUAGGAGACGGUUAUCAGUGCAAGCAAGGGGAACUAUGUGGUUGAGAAAAUGCUGGGUGAAGGUGGCUUCGGGGCAGUCUUCAAGGUGCAUCUGGAAUCAGAUCCGGAGAAGAAAUACGCUAUGAAAGUUGAGAAGAAACUGGAGACCAGAAAGCACAGCAAGCUCAAAAUGGAGAUCGCUAUUCUGAAGGCUGUCGCCGAAGAGCGCAAGAAGUAAGCUUGGAGACUGGAUCGUUUCCUUUUUUAUUUGCCAUAAAUCACAAGUUUCAGACACAAAGUCAGCCAUUUCACCGAGAUCGUGGACCGUGCCAAGAAGUCCAACUACACUUUGAUUGUGAUGCAAUUGGUGGGGAAAUCAUUGGCCGAGCUCAAAGGAGCACGCCCCGAAAAGGUCUUCUCGACUGCCACGGGCCUUGGAGUUGGCCAGCAAUGUCUGCAAGCCAUUGAAGAAUUACAUGCCGCCAAAUUCGUUCAUCGGGAUAUUAAACCAGCCAACUAUGCUGUCGGAAUGGACGAACAGAGCCAUAUUGUGAGUAAUUGUAGCAAAUUAUAGAAAGCUAAUGAUUUGUCCUUGAUUUUCAACAUUAUAAAAAAGCUCGAUUCUUUUUUUAGAUUUACAUUUUGGAUUUUGGAAUAGCCCGGAAGUUUGUGAAGAGCGAUGGCGAUUUGAAAACUCCGAGAGAAGGGAUCGGGUUCAAAGGAACAGUCCGAUUCGCCUCAAUCACUUGCCACAAUGGCUUUGAUGUUGGCCCCAUUGAUGAUGUCGAGUCUUGGUUCUAUUUGCUCCUGGAUAUAUCGGUGCCAAAGGGCCUGCCAUGGAAGAGGCUCGGCGAUAAACAUGCUGUAAAGAGGUCCAAGGAAGUGAUGAGAGAACGGUUCUUACACAUCUUCUCUGACCUCAAGUACAAGGAGAUUUUUAAUCAAAUUUUGGGUUAUAUAAAGGAUGUCAAAUACCACGAGACCGUAGAUUAUAAUUAUAUUUACAAUCUCAUUGCACUCGUAAGUUGUUCGGCAACGAAAAAUUGAGGACUUUUUUGACUUAUCUACCUUAUUUUAGUCAGCGAAGACCGCCGGUGUGAACUUGGACGACCCAUAUGACUGGGAGAGCCCGCCCAAUCCACCCAGAGAAUCAACUCAUUCCAACAUUAAAUAG